UUUUUUACAUCCCUGUCAAGUGAAUAAUGAGAGAUAACCAAUGACUAACUGUCACUAACAUGAUCUGCAUACCCAUGCAAACUGCUGAACAAAUAACCAUCCUGUCAAUUCAUCUCUUAGCAUGCAGCGACACAAUGGAGUCAACCAUGCUGAACAAUUGCUGAGCCUAUAGUUAUGGUUCUCUGAAUGAGGAGGACCAACCGGGUGGCUUAGUGAAUACCCACCGCUGACUGCUCUGCUCUGGAUAUAGGCUUCAAGCUAAAGAAGAAGUAUAACCUCUAAUGGCGUGCUUUAAAUCAAUCUAUGAUUUCAGCGCUGAGACCUUGAACGGUCAGAGCGUUCCUCUCAGUAUCUACAGGGGCAAGGUGCUCCUCAUUGUCAACCUGGCCACCUUCUGAGGGUCAACGAUAGAGGAGUACCACAGAAUGAAUGCACUCAUGGAAAUGUUUGGUGACCUCAACUUCACUGUCCUGGGAUUCCCCUGCAAUCAGUUUGGUCUUCAGGCACCUGAGGUAAAUCAUGAAACCCUCAACCUUCUCAAGUAUGUAAGGCCAGGUGGGGGGUUUGUCCCCAAGUUCCCUGUGUUUGGCAAGAUCGAGGUCAAUGGGUUGAAUGAAGAACCUCUUUUCGCCUAUCUCAAGGUAGUAUAUUUGACAUGUCCUCUUUUCGCCUAUCUCAAGGUAGUAUAUUUGACAUGUCCUCUUUUCGCCUAUCUCAAGGAGUCUCUGCCCUAUGUGAACCCUGUCAUAGGAGAUAUAAAGAGGUUCUACUGGUCACCCAUCAAAGUCAACGACAUUCGCUGGAACUUUGAGAAGUUUCUAAUCGAUUCUGAUGGGGCGCCUUUCAGGCGUUAUGAACUUCAUGGCCCUACUGAGAAAGUGGAAAAAGACAUUGCAGGCCUACUAUAAAUGGAGUCAUCUGUUCCCUUUAUGGCUGUCAAGAAAGUGGGUCCUUCAUCAGCAGAGGCAGAGUGACGAUCCCUCAGUAAAUGCAGACUAAACGCAGCUGAGCUGGAUCUGAUGGAGAAGGGAGAAGGACUCUGAGUUUCAGUGCAUUCACUCAGAAUAUCAGAUCCCUCCAGCCCCUGUUGGUGACCAGAAGGCAUAUCACUAUGGUCUCAAUAUAACUAACUACUCCCUUUUGUUAUUGUUGCAAAACAGAGGAAGUCAAUAAAUCUUUUGGCUGAAAUCUUAAAA